AUGGCAGACGCGAGAGUCACAGUGCAAGAGGACCCGAAUCUAGGCUCCGGUCCAGAUGAGGAUGCAUCAGAGUUAUCCGUGUCGGGGGAUGAUUCUGAUUCAGGGAGCGUGUUGUCAGAUGACUCGGUUCUUCCAGAUUAUGAGAGGGAAGUGAGGGCAGAAGGCACCGCCAGCACCUUGUACCAGGCCUGUGCCAGAAACGAGGCCACAUCCCUUCAGAAAGUUCUGCAAAGGGGUGUGACACAGGAUGAAGUCAUGGAAUUAGAUAUCAAUGGCAGGAAUGGCUUAAUGCUUGCUGUCUCCAAAGGAUUUGUAGACAUUGUCUAUGGGCUGCACAGUUGUCCAUUUCUAGAUAUUAAUCACCAGGAUAAUGAUGGCAACACAGCUCUCAUGAUCGCAGCCCAAGCUGGUUUUGUGAAUGUCCUUAACUACAUCCUGAACUACUACUCUGGGGUGGACAUUGAGUUAAGGGAUCACCGUGGCUUCACUGCACUUCUCAAGGCCGCCAUGCAGGGCAGCAAUGACUGUGUGGCCUCUCUGAUCAUGGCUGGGGCAGAUGUAAAUGCGGUGGACUCAACACGGGGUAAGGACAUGAAAGACUGGGCCUUGAAGACUGGCCGUUUCGAGACACUGUACAGGAUUCGACAGCUCACUGCCAGACCUCGAGCUGAGCAGUUCUGUGACACAUACGUACCUGAGUGGCCAGACCUUAAGGAACUGGUGGCAAAGGCGACCGCCACAAAGACUGCAGGGCAGAAGGUCGCUCAUCGUCUCAAAUCGACCUUCACUUUCAGCUUCCCGCAUGAUCCACAGGACAACGGAGUGCUCGACCACAUGGUACGAAUCACCACCAGUGUCCACAGCCCCCUGGUGGUCACCGGUUGUCGUCCGCUCUGUCCGUUGAGCCCACCAGAAAUUGGAAAGAGGCGCCUGGCUGUGCCGGAGCUGAUGAAGAUGUACCCAGGCAAAGAGCUGGAGGAGCACGCAGUGGGACACAGCAAUGGCUCCAUUUCCUCGGCUUCACAAUCUGGUGCUUCCGCCUCCUCUGUCUCACUGGCCUCCUGCUGCUCUGACACGGAACGGCGGGGCAGUGUGCUAUCCAUGGCUUCAAACGGCGUACGCAAGUUUGUUCCCCGCAGCAUGGCGCGUCGGAACAGCGUGUUCCCCACUGGGUGCAUCCCUCAAAUCAAAGUCACUAAGUCUGGAGAGCCCACGCCAAAGAAGGAAAAAAAGAGGAGGAAGUCAAAAGGUUACCUUGAACCACCGGUAUGGAAGUACAAGGAAGCGAAGGAGGAAAGAAAAAAGGAGAAAAAACGAUUAGAGAAGGAGAAAGCAGACAAGGAAAAGACAGACAAGCAGGCCAAAAAGAAGGUUAAAUAA